GGUUAGAUCGUGAUAUGAGAUUCGUUUCAACGUGAUGAGUAUGGAAAAUUCUAGAGACACAUUAAAUAAAACGUGACUGUCAAAUAAUGUGACGGUUUUCACAUGGAAAAGAAAUGUGACGACACCAUGAAUUGAACCACAGUGCCGCCCUCAAGUAGAUCUCGCGAGUGAUGCCGUGUUCGUGCGUGUGUUGUGUUCCAGUGCUAGCAUGAGGCGACCACUCCUGUCCGGAUAAGACAUGUCAGUGCGAAGGGUGCGCACGGAGCACGCGCGCGAUGCCCAGAAAGCAGCGGCGGCGGCGGGCGCCUCGGUGCCCCCGGGGCUGGCCUCUCCCCGCGGCGGCUCCCUGCGCGAGCGGGAGCGCCACUACUCGGGCUCCGGGGACCAUGGGCGGCAGCGGCGCUUCUCGGCCGCCAUCGUGGCGCGGCGCGAGUCGCUGUUCGGCGGCGCGGGCGGCUCGAGCGGCGCGGGCACGCCCAUGGACGCGGCCAUCCGCCGGCCGUCGCUGGCCGCCGUGGCCGAGCGGGGCUCCUGGGGCUCGCGCUGGGAGUUCCUCCUGUCGUGCGUCGGGCUGUCCGUCGGCAUCGGCAACGUCUGGCGGUUCCCCUACCUGGCCUACCAGAACGGCGGCGUAAUACUCAUCACACUUUUCCAGUUCGCGCUGCUCGAGAACGUCCUUACCAGCAUCUCGGACGAGUUCGAAGUCCUGCGCACCCACAGGCUCAUGUUCUGCAUCGGCACCGCCCUGGUCUGCUACGUCAUCGGUCUCUCCUGCGUCACCUACGGAGGGAACUACGUGCUCACGCUCAUGGACGUGUACGGCGGAGGGCUGGCCGUCCUCUUCAUCGCCAUCUGCGAGUGCUGCAGUCUCGUGUGGAUUUAUGGGCUCCGCCGUUUGUGCGCCGACCUCGAGUUCAUGCUGGGCUACAAACCGGGCUUCUACUGGCGGAUUACCUGGGGCUUCUUCGCACCCAUCAUUUUGACUGUGAUCUUCGUCUACUCGCUCGUGGACUACAAGCCCCUCAAGUACGAGGAGUACGACUACCCGGACUGGGCCGACGCGCUGGGCUGGAUGCUGGCGCUGGCCUCCAUGAUCCAGAUCCCCUUCUGGGGCGUGAUACAGGUCUGCCGUCAGCCAGGCGCCACGUUCAAGGAGAGAGUUCUACAGGCCAUUGUGCCCAACGAAGACUGGGGUCCGUCGGAUCUGUCUCUAACGGAGGAGUACAAGGCCAGCCAGAAGGGCAGCAGUCCCACCACCAUCACCCUCAACUCGGUCGUGCACCACAACGACCACCAGGCCUCGACGGAGACCAAGGCGCCGCCGUCCGAGACAACCAAACUCGCCGAUGGGGUGGCGUAGGACCGUGGUGGACGUGGGCCGCCGGGCCCCGGCCAGGGUCUGACCGUGAGGGUUGUUCCAGGUCGUGACCUGUGAGACGCGCACCUCACGUUCUGUGUACUUUUGUGCAGAGAACAAUGUGACGACGCACACGCUGCAGACGGCCACGACUCGGCUGCAGGGCGGGGUCUAGGAGCCCAACAGUUUAACGCUAGCGGGCGCGCCGACUCCCACCGCCGGCGCCGAGCAGCGUCUUCGGCCUGUUGAAACCACUACUGCGCAUGUUUGGACUGGUUACAUUUCUCGGGACGAGGAGGUGAGCAGGACUCGAGUGCUCUAUAGUGGAGCUUAAUUAUUUGUUAAUGAAAUUAAUUGUUGACACUUAAUUGAAUAGGUUUUAUCGUUUCUUGAAUUUAUUACAAUAUUGCUAUAGAGACUAACGUUUUUACCGCCAUAAAGUGUGAUAACCAGUGUCUGAGUACAAAAAAUUGUGCUGUAAAGCACACGCGUAGCGUUGAAAUGGAGGUACUAGGCUACCCAUAUUUUAUCCCCCUCUUAUGCCAAAAGACGGGGGAUCAGACACCACUUUUCCGAACGACGGGAAAAAACUAACGUGUCACAAGUGAUAAGUAAACUAAGUAAUUCAUGUUGACUCCGCAAGGAGAUUAAGUAGGCCUAUUAUGGCCAAGUAUUUCAAUUGUUUAUGUAAAUGAAACAUGUAAAUGAAUGUGUAGUUGUCUAAAUAUAAUGCAUUUAGUAGGGUUUACAAAUGUAUAAGAUUGAAGUACUUGCUAGUAUUACAAUUAUGCAGGGUACAGACAAAACCAUGGGAUUAUUCUACUCCUACUUAGCCACAUCGCCAGGUACUGCAUUCCUUUCAAGUACGUCAGUGUGCUCGUCUAGAGCACAUGACUUGCCAAUUUCGGUGUUAAAACCAUUGCGUCCGCAUUCCCUUUCAGGGUAAAUAUUUUUGAAAAACUCCGGACUUUUGUAAAUAUUCCACCCCACCACCAAAAAUAUAAUUAUCCCAUAAUGUUCAUGUUUGUACUGAUGUAAAUAGAAAAUGAUCGUAUACCACACGUGUUAUCAGUGCUUCGCGCUGGUGAUAUUACCGAAAACAUCUAACUUUUGAUUAGAUGUUGCCUUAGGAAUUGUUUUAGGUAUGCAAAUCGUAAAAUUAUACGUAUUGCGUAUGUCGUUAAGUUGAUAUCCAUGUUGUUCUAGUGUGACUGAAAAUUGAAAAGUAUCAGAUGGGAACAAAGUUCUCCAUAAAAAAAUUAUUAGAUUCAUCGUAUUUGCUUUGGAUGGAUGUGUCCUAGUCAUAUGUGCUCUGUUGCUAUCAUGUUCUUUGUCUCCCGUGGAUGUGGAUAAACCAUUUCCGACAUCUUUAUUGACAACGAAUUAGGAUUUCACGACCGAGUUUUCGAUUCCACGUUAUGAUAUAACGUCAUUACCUGUCUGUCUUUUUCGCUUGGAUUGCAACAUUUGAAGACACUUUGCUUUUCAGAAGCUGAUUUGGUAUGACUGUGCCAAAAGAGUAGCACUCGUUGUCGAUCUAUGCUUUGCUAUAUCCGCGUGGGUCUAUGUUGGAGUCAGCGGUAGUGACUACAGACUCUAUGCUGUUUCUUCUCUGGGGUCAUCGACCUCGCGCCGACCAUUAUCAUUUUCUGAUUGGCGAGAUCGUUUUGCCUAUGUUAUUCUACCUAACAUUCUGACUGUAACUGUAAUGCCUAAUUUCUUCCCCUCUACACGCGGCUUCAAAAAAUGCCCUUUCUCUUUCUAUGAAUGGUAGUCUUUUUACCAUCCUUAACUGGUUAUGCCAUUGUAGCGUUAGACGAAAUCAUUUAUCGGGCGUUAAAUGUGCUCGGCGCUACCGAGGUACCCUCUACUUUCGAAUUUUUCAAAACAUUGUAAUGUCAUGGGAAGAAUGAAAUUGGCAUUUUACAUUUUUUGCAAAAUUGGCGUUAAAUAUGUGCUUUUAUUUGUUAUGACAAUACAUGAUAUUUUUGUAAAAAGUUGUGUUUUGCAAUCAGCCAAAGUUAAAUCUGUGCCAGGCUAGGAUAAUGUGCACCAUAGUCAUGUAGCAAAUUGGGUAGUCAAUAACGCACAGAAAAAAAGAGUUCCUUAUUCAGCUGAAAUGCAAGUGGUGCACUUAUCUUACGCAGAACUGUUUUAGCGUACAGCUAGAAAACGUAUAACUUUUUUUCCGGUUGCUUUCGCGAAGAGAGGCUUGAUGUGCGUAUAUUUCGUAUUGAAGACAAUAUAAAGAUGCUUUCCUCGAAGAAAAGUAUUUACUUCGAGGUCUGCAAGGCCUACACAAGUGUAAAGUCGGUGAUUUACGUAAAUACAAAGAACUGAGACAUAUUUUUAUACAUGUAAAUCUUUUUUCUUUCACUGGGGGCGCGUUAGAAGUCGAAAACAUUUGACAAUGUCACGUCAUACGCCGACGGAGAGGGCAACAAAAAGGAAAAAAAAAUCUGUUAUUGAUGGGUGGAUGAAAGAACCCACUAGCUGCUCUAUUCACCAACCCAUUCAGUAGAUAAACUCGUUCAUUUUGUUUGUCAAGAAAAAUCUUUUCAAACAAACAACCAUUGUCUUGUGCAGGGACCUCAUUUAGCCCUGAUUUUACAAUUCAUUGGAAAAUGAUUGUAUGUUGUCAUUGUAUUUUCGUCCGUUCUGCAUACUAAAAAUUUAUUGGGUGUUAUAUUUGUUAGGGGUUUAAAGUUUUAUCACCGGUUUGAAGCGGAAUUAGCAUUAAAUUCGGGCUGCCUGCAUCAUGUUACCCCUGUUGUAGAAACAAUAUCGCGACAACCAGUCGUCUAAUCAUCUUUAAAUGAGCGGUUAUUUUUCAAAAUGUGUUGCUAAUUUUAUGAGAGUAAAGAAAGGUGUGGUAGAUUUCCAUUGUAAAAAAUUAGACACGUUUCGGUUGAACCCACGUAAGUGCGGUGGCAUUAAAUUCGAAGGUGUAUUUCAUAUCUAUUUGUGCCAUUGCUAGUUGUGUGCAACUGUUACUACUUUACAUACUGCAUACGAACGAAAGAUUAGAAAUAUGUUGUAUGUGUAUUCCGAGUAAAUGAUUUAUUGUUGGCUGUCGUACGUUAGUAUUAGGGUGCAAGUAUGUUGCAAACAGCAACUGUACCAACAAUAUAUAGUCAAAUAGGAACUGCGUCAUUCUGUGUUAAAAUAUACAAAGCAAUUGUUAUUUUUCAAGCGCAAAAGUACUUACAUAUAUGGAUGUGAUGUAACUAUUUUUAAACACAAUCAUCAAGUAGAUGAGUGUGGUAUAAAAUUAACGUACAUCUACCAACUAGAUGAUAAUCGGUGAGUGAAGUUUCGUCAUAGAUGAACAGAGUGAUUGUUGUAGCCGUACAAAACAUUAUUCCUGUGAUUUUUAUCGUAGAAAGCUCAAAUUUAUGUGACUUGUUUAUUUCGCGCAAACGUAUGCACGCAGACGCGUUGCGCGAUCGCGAUCCACAAAAGUGUUUCAAGCAGAUCUAUUGGUCCGUCAAAGCGGGCCACCUUUCCAACUUGCGUUUCAAUUGUAGCAACAGAAACUGAUUUGUUGCAAAAUAAAUUAAUAGCAGGAGUGUGUUUAUCGGAAGGAGAUUUUUUGGAAAGUGUAUUGUUGUGGGAAAUGAGGCUUUUGUAAUUUUCGCUCACAGUAUAUUUUAAAAUUACGAACAUCAUAAAUUGUAUAUUUGUAUUGAACGAAUUUUCUGUCAAUAGAAGUCAAUUUCGGCCGCAUCUCAUGCGGUACAGUAAUGUACAGUCAUCUCACGUGAGCUUCAUAGUGAUAAUUAAUAUUCACAUUGUAUGUCAUACGAAAAUAUCAGCCUCACGUCUUAUGCACAUUCUCUCGUUUUACUGUGGUUCAUCUAGAACAUUGUCUCCGAACCCAUUGACAUUAUCCGAAGUUUAACCAGAGAAGAUUGCUACUAUGACAAGGAAGUAUUUUCAGUAAUGAAUGUGUAAGUAAGUGAUGACCCAAGAUCCAGCGAUCGCUUCAAUUUCGCUUGGUCAGUGAACCCUGCUCUCUAGUUCAAAUUAAACGUGUCAAUCUAAAAUAUUAUGGAGAGCAGUUUUAAUUGAUUCAAUUAUUAUGUGAUUGGUGGUGAUCACAUGGUGCGUCGUCAUUCGUUUGGUUUUUGUUGAACAAGGGAGGGGCAGGCCACGGGCAGGCCCAUACUGAGUAGGCAAUAGUCAUCUCUUUACAGUACUUUAUAGCAAUAAAAUGGGAGAUAGUGCAACAAACCGUGUAUUCUCAAAAUAAAUAUACUUUCAAAUCA